UAUAUAUACAAGAACUGCUUAUUUAUCCAAAAACCAAGUCUAGCUAAGCUAAUCCAAAUACCUCAUAUUCUCUAUCUUCCGUACUAAAAUUCCAAAUUUCAAUCUAAUCUCUCUUCUUUUGGCCAGAAACCCUUUUUCUUGAAUCAAGAAAAUGGACGCUCUAGUAAACAAUUACGAUAAUUAUGUAGGUUACGAAAAUGAAGAAGAUACAGACAUAAGGAAAGGUCCAUGGACUGUGGAAGAAGACGCUAUACUCGCAGAGUACGUCAAUAUCCAUGGUGAAGGACGCUGGAAUGCUGCUGCUCGCUGUGCAGGAUUGAAACGAACUGGUAAAAGCUGUAGAUUAAGAUGGUUAAACUACUUGCGGCCAGAUGUUCGACGUGGCAACAUAACUCUUCAAGAACAGCUCUUAAUUCUGGAGCUUCAUUCUCGAUGGGGCAAUAGGUGGUCAAAAAUAGCGCAGUACUUGCCGGGAAGAACAGACAAUGAGAUAAAGAACUACUGGAGAACAAGAGUCCAAAAGCAAGCAAAGCAGCUUAAAUGUGACGUUAAUAGCAAACAAUUUAGAGAUGCCAUGCGCUAUAUUUGGAUUCCUCGUUUAAUUGAGCGAAUCCGGGCCGCUUCCGAAUCUUCCCCGGCUCAACCCACCGUUAGCAUUAACAGCAACUAUGAUGAGAUUAUCUCAAAUGAAGUUACUGCCGGCGGCGAUUGGGUCGAUCCAAAUUUUAUGCCGGAGCAGUCAGGGACUCCGUCGGACUCUUUGGAAACCCAAGUUUCCGCUGUAUCGGACCUGACAGAUAAUCAGAAUCCAUCAUCAAGUAUGCAGAACGGGUCAGGUUUAUACCUUGAAGAAGAGUCGGGUUGUUGGGGAUGGAAUGGGGAAAUGGAGCAGCACAACAAUGGUUUAUCAAUGGAGAGUUUAUGGAAUGAAGAGAAUAUUUGGUUUCUACAGCAGCAGCUAAUGUGAUUAUGAUGAGUUUAGUUGGAUUUUGAGUUUGUUUACGUGACGCUUCAGGUCAUUGAACAUUCAGCGAUUUCGUGGUGGUUCUAAACUACUAAUCUAACAUUACCACAUAUAUUUUGUUUUUCUGUUUUUUUAAUUAAAGUGUCCAUUAUAAAUUUUCAGAUUUGACGUAUAUAUAAAAUGAAUGCCUAUUUUGAUUUA